AGAACUAUUGAAGAAGGGGAACCAGUUCUGGUAUUUUAUGAAUCUUCUAACCUAGAUAAGAAAAAGCCACCAGAGCAAAAAAUUUUAACAGCUUUCUUUUAUAAUCCAAAAUUUUAGUUACGAAUAUUAUCUAUCCACCCUCCAACCUGGGUAAUUUGAAAAAGUCACUUGGUUCUUCCAGUUUUUGAAAUAAAGAGUCUAAUUUUAGCUUCUCUUUAGUCCUCAAAAUUCCUUUUCUUCUCCUUGUUUCUUAGAUUUUUAUGCUGCACUGCCCCAUUCUGGCUAGAAGAGAAGUUAGCACUCAGCUCAGAUACUUCCCAGAUCUCAUCUUGCCUUUGGGGCAGGAAAGGUCUUGCAUGAGGAGCAUGUUGAACUCUUGAUGGAGGAGUUUGCAUUCCUGAAAAAAGAAGUGGUGGGAAAAGACCUGCUAAAAGGGUCUCUCCUCUUUACAGCUGGCCCAUUGGAAGAAGAGCGGUUUGGCUUCCCUGCGUUCAGUGGCAUUUCUCGCCUGACCUGGCUGGUCUCCCUCUUUGGGGAACUUUCUCUUAUAUCCGCCACUUUGGAAGAGCGAAAGGAAGAUCAACAUAUGAAAAUGACUGUGUGCUUAGAGACAGAGAACAAACGUCCGCUCACAUGGAUUGAAGAGAAAGGACCUGGUCUAAAACGAAACAGACAUUUAAGCUUCCAUUUUAAAUCUGGGUCCCUGGAGAAUAUGCCAAAUGUAGGAGUCAAUAAGAAUAUUUUCCUGAAAGAUCAAAACAUAUUUGUCCAGAAACUCUUGGGCCAGUUCUCUGAAAAGGAACUGGCUGCUGAAAAGAAACGCAUCCUGCACUGCCUGUGGCUUGCAGAAGAAAUCCAGAAAUACUGCUACUCAAAGAAGUAAGAGAAGGAAACAUGCGGCACAUCUAAGAUGGGACCAUAGUUUGCUUUUUAUGAAGAGUUGACCUCUAUCUCUAUUCUUACAAUUAAACAUAUCUUGGGCAAACAGGAUUUGCUUACUGUCA